CAGAAGACCAAGAGUUCAGGAAGCAGGAGAGAUGGACCAUCAGAGGCCAGCAGUGCCUACAGAGAGGUUCUGGACAUGCAGAAGGAGAUGGUUCGGUCUUUAACAGAGCAGAACCAGGCCCUGGGGGCAGACAGGAGGGUGCUGGAGCAGAGGUGUACAGAACAGAGCCUGCAGCUGCAGAGGAGCCACCAGAGGGUCCAGAGUCUGGAGCGGGAACUCAGCAAGGCCCCUGUCCCUACAGCAGGUGAACAGGCAGAGCUGCUGAGUCUGAGGCAGCAAGCCCAGGAGGUGGUCGACGAGAACGACAGCCUGAAGAUGACCGUCCAUCGCCUCAGCGUGGAGCUCAGCCGCUACCAGACACGCUUCAGACCCCUGAGCAAAGAAGAGAGCUCCAGGACCCAUGGCCUGCCACUUAAAGGAUCUGCUCCUCCUUGGCUGGUCAGUCACUCAGACAUUCUCAUGGAUUCCUCCUCUAGAAACAGUGGCAUUGUCCUCUGCUAUGUAUACCAGUGA